AUGCGAGAUAUUUUGAGCCGUGCAGGUAUGGUGGACUGUAAACCGUUGGCUACUCCGGUUCCUGUGUCCCGACCUUCUUCUGAUUCUGUGGUUCCCUAUGCGGAUCCCACGCAGUAUCGCAGUCUUGCUGGGGCUCUACAGUAUCUUACUGUUACUCGUCCAGAUCUCUCUUUUGCCGUGAAUCGGGUCUGUCAGCAUAUGCACUCUCCAACCACUGAGCAUUGGGCUAUGCUCAAGCGUGUUCUGCCGUAUGUAAAAGGAACUCUGCACUUUGGUCUUUUUAUUCGUCCUUCCUCCUCUGUUGCGGUUCAUGCCUUUUCGGAUUCGGACUGGGCUGGUGAUCCAGCUGACAGGAAGUCUACUAGUGGUUUUGCGGUUUUUCUUGGUGGCAAUCUGAUUUCCUGGUCUUGUCGGAAGCAACGCACGGUUGCUCGUUCGUCUACAGAGGCUGAAUACAAGGCUCUGGCUGAUGUGUCUGCGGAGGUCACCUGGUUGGUUUCUCUGUUGCAAGAGCUUGGAGUGUCAUUGGCUACUCCUCCCACUCUCUGGAGCAUGAAGCCUAAGCGAUCUGUCUCUAACUUGGCCAGAGUGCACCAGGAUAAAGGGGAAAGCUUACGCAAGUACAUCGCUCGAUGGCAGAAGGAGGCGCAGGUGGUAGAUGGCCUGGACGACUAG